CUCCCUUUCACCAAUUAAUUAUUCAUACAAGUUGGCUAACGCAGUUUCACAAGCCUUUCAAAGAUGACUUUGAAUUAGUCUCUCUUUUACGUCUCCUUAUCCAUUCAUCUACUACAAAAAUUUAUAAAUAACACAGCUAAGAUAUUCACAAAGACAGAAGACAAAAUAUUCGACCAACGAAAAAACAGAACAGAAGAAAAAAAAAAAAUGAUGUUUGAAUCUCCAAGCAAGAAGAGAUGGAACGUGUUGUCAUCAGCUUCAUCUUACAGAGAGACAAUUGUACUUGGAAGAUAUAGCAAGAGUUGUAGAGAACAGAAGCAACAACAACGAAGAGCAAGACUCUUUCCCAAGUGGAAGGUUUUGUUGAUGAAGCUUAAGCUCUUACCUUCUCGUUCUUCUUCCACUAAGGUCGUGGCUUAUGAGCCUUGCGAUUACUCUUUGAAUUUUGAUCAAGGUCCAGGAUGGCACGACUACGAUGAGCCUGAGAAUCUUUCUCGGUCUUUCUCUUCUCGGUUCGCUGAUCCUACUCGGAUUCGAGCAACACGCUUGCUCUUGUAUUAAGUUUACUUUUCUUUUUUUUUCUUCUUUACUUCUAUUUCUUUAAACCUUCUUUUAAAUGAUGAGAUCAUGUCGCUUAGCAUUGUAAAAAAUGAAAGAAAACAAGUUUAGAUCA